AUGUUCAAAUCCGCUGUUGUCAUCCUGGCCAUCGUUGCCUGCGCUGCUGCCAAGCCGGGACUCCUGGGAGCUCCUCUGGCAUACACUGCUCCUCUGGCUUACGCUGCUCCCGCUGCUGUAGUGGCUGCUCCUGCUCCGGUUGUGACUGCCACCAGCAGUCAGGUGAUCGCCAGGAACUACAAUGGAAUCGCUGCUGCUCCCGUCAUCGCUCCCUUGGCAACUCCACUGGCUGCUCCCGUGAUUGCCAAGUACGCCGCUGCUCCCUUGGCGGCACCUAUUGCUGCUCCUCUUGCCGCUCCUCUGAAUGCUCCAGUUAUUGCCAAGUAUGCUGCUGCCCCUCUUGCCGCUCCCCUGGGAUACUCUUCCCCUCUGGCUUACAGCGCCCCUCUUAGUUACGCCGCUGUUCCUUCCCCCCUUCUUGUCUAA